AUGUAUGUAGUGCGAAUCCCGGCUGUUGCUCAUGUGGACCGAGCCGGGGACCUUCGGUUCCGGGCACCCCAGCCUCCGCUCAACACCUCCGGCGUUCAAUCUGCGACGGUGCAGCCGAACGAAUGUUUCCAGUCCCCCUUCGGUGAAGCCGCUACGAACCCACUCAAGCGCGCUGCGGCUGUUGUGCAGAGCGAGGAUUGCCUAUUCCUCAAUGUAUAUUACCCCAGCGAUGCCGUUGGGACGCCAGGGAAAAAACUCCCGACAAUAGUUUGGAUACACGGUGGCGGCUAUAUCCUUGGUUCGUCAGCCGUGAACGGCGGCGACAUCAUCCAGCAGAGCAACCACAACGUGGUCGUCGUCCUCAUCCAGUACCGGCUCGGUGUUUUCGGCUUCCUCGCCGGCUCUGCCGUGAAAAACGGUGGCGCCCUCAACGCUGGCCUUCUCGACCAAGAUUUCGCAUUGCGCUGGGUGCAGCAACAUAUUACCAAAUUCGGCGGUGAUCCAGCCAAAGUCACGAUCUGGGGUGAAAGUGCGGGUGCUGGCUCCGUGCUGCAGCACGUCAUUGCAAACGGUGGCCGAACCAAGCCUCAACUAUUCCGAGGUGCCAUCACGAGUUCCACGUUCCUGCCACCCCAAUACAGAUACGACGAUCCGAUCUCUGAGUCUCUCUUCAGCCAAGUGGUGGCUCAAACAAACUGCACUGCUGCCGCGGACGCCCUCUCCUGUCUUCGCACCACCGAUGCUACAGUGCUGCAAACAGCCAACACCAACAUCAACGCGGCCGGUUUCUUCGGCACGUUCACGACCGUUCCCGUCAUCGACGGGGAGUUUAUCGUCGAGGCACCUAUUGACACACUGCGCAAACGGAGAGUGAACGGGAAAGCGCUUCUGGCAGUCACGAACGAGUUUGAGGGUACAAUCUUUGUGAACACCACGAUUGCUAUGCCCAAUGUCACUGCAUACACACUCGAGCUGUUCCCAAAGGUCGACCUGGAAGAAGCGAAGACCGUUGCCUCGAUCUAUGCUGGAUUGGGGACGGACACAUUCCAAGUUGAAGCGAUCAUGGGAGAAUCGAUAUUCAUUUGCCCAACAUAUUAUCUCUUGGAUGCAUUCCCGAAGGAUCAUUCAUUCAAGGGCGAAUUUGCAAUCCCCCCUGCAAAUCACGGCGACGACCUCAACUACUACUUCCCCUCCAGUAACCCCCCGCCGUUCCAAAACACCGACUUCAUCAACGCGUUCGCCCAGUCCUUCACGUCGUUCAUCGUCAACCUCGAUCCGAACAAGAAGAUCAACGCGAGCACUAUCACGCCCAGCUGGAGCAGCUACAGCGUGGGCCGUGCGGAGAUGCUGUUCAAUAGAACUGCCGCCGGGGACCCUGUUGUUCAUACCAUCGUGACGGACCCUGCGCUCGUCGCGCGGUGCAGGUGUGUUCCAGCCCGUUUGAUUGUAAUCCAGUGCGUUGAUGUUCCUCAAAGCGUCUGGAGCAGUUUGGGUGCAUCCACGGGGCAGUGA